AUGAGGAUUGUACUGCUGGGAAGCAGAAAGGAGGGGAAGAGUUCAUCAGGAAACACCAUCCUGGGAAGAGAGGAGUUUGAUACAGCUGAGUGUGUGAAGAGAGAGGGAGAAACAGCAGGGAGACGCAUCACUGUAGUGGAGGCAUCCGGAUGGUUUCGCAAUUCUUCUGUAGUGCAAACUCCUGAACGUGAUAAAGAAGAGAUUGUCCUCAGUGUGUCUCUGUGUCCUCCAGGACCCCAUGCUGUACUGCUGGUCACUAAUGUGAAUUGGUCAUUCACAGAGAAAGAAAGAAGAGCAGUGCAGGAACACCUGGAGCUUCUGGGUGAGAGAGUCUGGAGUCACACUAUAGUGCUGUUCACCUAUGGGGACCGGCUGAGAAACACAACCAUUGAGCAGCACAUCGAGAGAGAAGGAAAAGCUCUGCAGUGGGUCGUAGAGAAAUGUGGAAAUAGGUAUCAUGUUGUAGAUAAUAAGAAAGGUGAUGGUGGCCAGGUGACAGAGCUGCUUGAGAAGAUAGAAGAGAUGGUGGCAGGAAACAGUUGUGGGCGGAGUAUUGAGCACCCUCCUAAAUGUCAGUAUAUAAUUUUUUCACAUGUUAUGAAAAUUCCCCACUUGUGA